AAACGAACACAACUGCAGGUCCGGUAAGGGGCGGAAAGUCUCCGGCUGUUUUAAUAACGUCCCAUUUGAUCCUUUUCCUCUGAUCUCCUGCUAAACACGCUCCCGCCCUGAGGUCAUGACCUCUGCACUGGGCGCGGGGGGUCGCUCGCACUGGAGCCUCUUUCCCGCUGCGGAAGUGACGCACGCCCACCGCGACGCCGCUCGAGCGCGUUUUUCUAACGGCUCUUGGCGGUUCGGUUUGAACCCGGAUUCGCCCGGCGGCGUCGAUGGCCGCGGUCCGCUCGGCUACGUUCAGCAGCUGGAGGAUGCUCACGCUGGGCUCGGAGUACGGGUCGUGGUCCCAGUACCCGGGCUCCCCGGACUUGGAGCGCCAGCAGCCGCCGGUUCGGGGUGACGUUUCCGAGACGGACAGCCCCCCAGCGCCGGGGCCGCCCGACAGCCACUACAGCUCCGUCCUGCGGCUGAAGGCGGCGGGGCAGGCCCGGAGCCCCCCGGGGGAGAGCCAGGGUGCGGCCCCGGGCGGCGAGGGUGUGGUGGAGAGCCACCGGGCGCAGCACGGCGAGCAGGCCAGCACGGGCGGAAUGGCUCGCUUCGGAGACGAUCUUCCUACCCGCUAUGGAGGCGGCGGUCCAGCGGGCGCUGGGCGAGGAGGCAGCCGGCAGGGAGGCCCGCCGGGCGGCCCGAGGAUGUACAAGCAGUCGAUGGCCCAGAGAGCCAGGACCAUGGCCAUUUACAACCCCAUCCCCGUCAAGCAGAACUGCUUCACCGUCAACAGAUCCCUCUUCAUCUUCAGCGAAGACAACAUCAUACGGAAAUACGCCAAAAGAAUAACCGAGUGGCCUCCAUUUGAGUACAUGAUCCUAGCCACCAUCAUCACCAACUGCAUCGUGUUGGCUCUGGACCAGCACCUGCCCUCUGGAGACAAGACCCCCAUGUCCGGGAGACUGGUGAGUGAAGAGUAA